GUUAGUCAGUUAGUCUCCACUGACCAUCGGUUUCGAUCGGAUGCGCGUGCACUUUUUUGCCGACUUGUUGUGCUUGUUGUGUUUUGCUUCUAACAGUAGAAGAGUCUGAUUGACUUACUCCCACACCUGCUCUUCCGGAAUUCUUUUUACCUUCGUCGAUUGGCGGCGUCGGAUUUUUUUAGGGUUUGGAGACGCUCCCCUGUUUUGGCCUUCGACCUGCAGUCGGAUUUCCACGCUUUUGCCUCUGGAAAAGAAAAAUAGACCUACUUCGUAGUCCAACAAUCCCUCCGCCAGUAGUUCCAACCAAUUGCCAAAGAUGUCGCACUCAGUCGUCAUAACGAGGACAACAACCACCACCACCAGCACCUCACAUGUAGUUCUCAACACCGGCUAUCUGAGAACGACGCCCGGUUUGCUCAAACUUGCUCAGUUGAUCAUCGGUGCCGUCAAUGUAGGAAUUGUCGCCUGGUACCUGCGCCGGUACCAUUCGAUCUAUGCCAGCGGCAAUCCGGAGCUGUUCUUCCUGCUGAUGGCGGUGGCCUUCCUGAUCGGGACCUUCUGCCUGCUUGCUUCCUGCCUCGUUUCCCUCAGCACCGGAGGAAUAAUCUCCAAGACCAUCUACGAACUGAUCUACCACACCAUCGCCUUCCUGUUGUACCUGAUAGCGUCUAUCAUUCUGCUGGUGGACGUUACAAACGGGCGAUACUAUUCGAACCUCAAGGACGCCUACAUGGCUGCUUCCAUCCUUGGAAUCAUCGUAUCGGCGCUUUACCUCUUCAGUGCUCUUCUAGCUCAGCGAUCGUACCGAGGAAUCUAAUUUAUUUAAAUUAUGAUUUUUUGAAUGAGAAAGUGUCUUAGUACAGGAAAACGGACGUCAUAACUCAGUCACAAAUUUAUUUAAGUGAAUUUUAGAUUUUUUCAAAUCAAAAUUUUUACGAUAAGUUGCAGUAAAUUCAAAAAUUUAAAACUAUUUUUUGAACAAAACUAUCUGAGCUUGACGCCUGUAAGUUUGUAAUCCAAGAAUUUCAUAUAGGUACUCAAAAAAAAUCCAUAACAGCCAGUCUGUUAAAUCUAAGAAGGAGAAAACAAACAAAAACUAAGUGUACUUUAAAACUCAAACCGUGCCGUAGUGUUUCCUAGUGGUUAAGUGUUGUUCAUGCUUUGCUUCCGAUGAAAAAAAAAAAACAGAAACAAUACAAAGCGCAAAAUAAAUGCAAUUCGUGUGCCUAGAAACUUAAACCUACAUGUAUCUACGAUGUUUUUAAAAAAUUUUGAUGCAUUUGCUACUCGUCUACUAUUAAUAAUCCUCAUUCGACAAAGUGUUUUACUGUAAAUUGUACAAACUUCAAAAAAAAAGUUAUUGCAUUUCCAUCAAUAAACGAUAAAACAAUACCACCGACCUCCAAGGAGAUUUUAUAAAAGUUUUUGUCAGUGCAGAAAAAAUAUUGUCUUACAAUUCGACCCCGUGACUUAAAAUUUAGAGAUUUUUUAAAUUUGUUUUUUUUUUAUAUUUAAAAAUGUCUAUCAA